GAAUAAAAUAUAAUUAUUUGGAAUGAUUAUUCUAACCUAUAUAUAUAUAUAUAUAUAUAGGAUUUUACUUUACAGUGUUUUUGUGUAUCUUAAAGCAAAUCAUUAUUUAUCAUAUUAAACACUUGUAUUGAAUGUAUAAAUAAAUGCAAUAAUAAUGACAAAUUUAUUGAAGGAAUGCAAAUUCGAUUGUAGGGUUAGUUCGGUAAUAAAUAAAGAUAAUCGAAAUUAUGGAAAAAAAUAUAUGUUUGAUGAUUCCAAUGAAACAUGUUGGAAUUCUGACGCUGGCACACAACAAUGGAUAAUAAUUAAUUUUGAAAAAACUUGUAUUAUAUCUGGAUUUGAAAUUGAAUUUCAAGGUGGCUUCGCUGGAAAAGAUUGUUAUGUAGAAAUUGAUGACAGUAAUGGUAGCAUAGUUAUUGCUGAACCCUUUUUCCCGAAAGAUACAAAUGGAGUUCAAUGUUUUGUAUUGAAAACUACAGUUACAGGAAAAUCUUUCAAAUUACUAUUUAAUGAAAGCACAGAUCUUUUUGGUAGGAUUAUCAUUUAUAAAUUAUCUAUAUGUUCAUGAUAUACAUCAAUUUUGUUUAUAAAUUAAAAUGUAUAAAUAAAAGCAAUUUUAUUUUUAUUCAUGUA